GGUCCCCGGGUGCCAUCUGCUGGCGGUCGGUGCAAGCAGGAGCCACUGGUGCCCCGCAAAGUGCAUAGCGCCGAAACGAAAGGAAGGAAGGCAGGAAGGCAGGCUGGCUGGCAGGCAGGCAGGCAGGAAGGCAGGCAGGAAGGAAGGCAAGAAGGAAGGAAGGCAGGUUUGAGCCCGGGACGAGGACCUGAUGUGCUGCCUCCUCGACGACGAACCCGGGAGCGCACGGGGUUGCUCAUCGCGCGCGCGAUCCGCUCGUGUUGCCAACGAAGAAGCACGAAGAAGCCUUCCUCUGCGACGAGCUGCGAACCUCCACUUCCAUCAUCAGCGAGCAGCUCUGUGAAACCACGAGACGCCCGAAUCAACCCCGAGCCCGUCGCGCUUCCCUGGUGGUACCUUCGCGAAACAUCCCAGAGUGCACCAGCUCGCUUCGCCCGGCGUCCGUCUCGGCCGGUGAUCACACGAAACACCCCCGAACGUCAUACGUCAAACACGAGGAGGAACUCUAAGCUGCCAGGAAGCCGUUCCUGUUGAUCGUCAACGAGAGUAACGUAUCCGUCGACAUCUCGAGCAAAUCCCCAAAUACGGAAUACAAAUCGUCGAUGAUAUCGCGAAGACAACGAGUGCUUCGUGACGCGGGUGUCCUCGGUGGUGCGACGGUCGAUCGAGGAUGUCAGUGAUCGGCGAGAUCUACGUGACGGUCAUCGACGAAGACGAAGCAUCACGGCACGUAUGAGCCGUGCUCGAGGGACGACCGGUGGUAGCGUUCCAUCGCGAGUGCCGAGGUACCUUAUCGCGUGCGAGGCUGGUGGUUGGCGGCAAGAUAUCGACCGCAGCCGCCGAAUUAAUCGCCGAAGGUCGUCACGAGCACCACCUCGCUCUGUUGCCCUUCGCGCGACCUGAUCGGCGAUCUGACCGUUCCCCAGCCGAUGAUCUCCGUCAAGGACAAGCCGAUGACCGGCGAUCAUGAUCGGACAAGAAGGCCUGAGCGAUACCUGCCGAUCUACCAAUCGCGCGGAAUCACGAGAUCAAUCGUUGAAGCGGAACUUCCUUGUUCCCUCGGAUCGGAUCCGAGCUGUGCCGACCUGCCCGUGAUGGUAUAGAUCAAAACGAUUCUUCAGCAGCGCGAUUUUUGUGGGAGCUCGCGGAAGUGUGGAGAACUUCAGACCGACGUGCAUAGAUCAGUAUAUCGAUUCGUCAUCACGAUCAUUGCGACUAACCCGGCGAUGAAUGUUGUUCAAUGAACCUGUGUAUGAGAGUGGAGGGAAAAACCGUCCGUGCGCGUUCGUCUUCUUCGAGCUCGCACGCGUGACGCGCUUUGUCAACGCAAACGUUAACGUCUCGUGAUCGUCACAACCGUUGUGUAAAAUCGAUUCCCGUACGGCAAAAAAAGAUUUGUAUUUAUGAACUCGUUCGUUCUAGAUAAGCUCUUGUCCGAGCUGCUCGUCUUCUCGUCGACAGUACCUGGUACUUUGUCGUUCAAUCGGUCAGCAAGAUCGAACUCGCGCCGGGUCUAAGAACUUCGAGCACGAUACGUUCCAUUCGCUGUUUCGAGGCUGCGCGUGAGGAAGCGCGUGGUUGAAUCGAAGCGACCCUCUCCGAACGAGACCCACUGACCUAUCGACUCAGCGAGCCGCCACUCGAGGCCGCCUUGACCACCCCUGCUUCGCACUUUCCUCCCUGAUGUUUGUUGUCGUUGCUCCUUCAUCCCCGGUCCAACUUGCAGCUCGAUUCCUCCCGUGUGUUUGAUGAAUCGAAAAAUCACUCGCUCUGUUUCUUCGCGUAAUGUCAUGAGCACGUAAAUGGCGCUUCCUCCCUUAAAUACCACCAAAUUGAGUUACAGAUAUCGAUCGCUUUCAGUAAUGUACUGCGACAUUGAACCAGCUCCCGCGAAUGUGUGAUGAUUCUCCGUCGUUACCUCCGCGUUUUUUUAUUUUGACACUGGCGAAUCGAGCCGAUUGUAUCCCGCGAAGAUGAAUCGGAGCGAACGUACGGUCGCGUUCACCGGAAAAUCGACCGAAGGCGGAUACGUCGGGAUCGAGAUCGAGAUCGACAUCGGCGCGUUAUCUCGACGUGCCGUAAAAGCGCGGCGUACCGGUGUGAGCCGUUAAUAACGGUCUACACGUAUGGUCUGGCGAAAAAGAUCGUCGGAUAUCUGAUCAAACACAAGCGACAACGAGAGAGAGAGAGAGAGAGAGAGAGAUUAAGGGAAGCGAGAACGGCGCGAAACAUUGCGCGCUUCAAGAACAAAGACGCUUUAAAGAGUUCUCCUCUUUAAACGAUGAACCCGGCAGUCAUGAGGGGAUGCCAAUAAGUCCAUAUUAGACCUGUAAGAUCUGCAAUAAACAUGUGAAGAAUAUUUGCACAUGGGCGAGAAUAUGAUGGGAUAAAGAAGCAAACUUAAGCAAUCUCAAACUUGACUGAAAGACUCAUCUAUUCAUCAGCGUGUCACCGGCCUCGACACGCAACGCAACAACAACGACACUGUCUUCAAGUCAUCAUAUGUAGAAAUGCCGUAAUCUGCAUUAAGAUACUUUUGCUGGCAAACGAACACGCGCAAAAGAUGGCUGAAAGAGCGGCAAGUCCGGCCACCGUGCACGUCGCUGCGAACAGCCCUCAGCAACAGCAGCAGCCGCAACAACAGCAGCAACCGCAACAGCAACAAUCACAGCAAGCACAACCGCAGCAGCAGCAGCAGUCUCAGCAACAGCAAACGCAACAGCCACCGGAUAUAAGUAGCUCACAGCUGACGUCUCCACCAAUCACGGGAACAGCCCAGAUCGAGAUAAUCCCGUGCAAGGUGUGCGGGGACAAGAGCAGUGGCGUGCAUUACGGCGUGAUCACCUGCGAGGGCUGCAAGGGCUUCUUCAGGCGGUCGCAGUCGUCGGUCGUCAACUAUCAAUGUCCGCGAAACAAGAAUUGCGUGGUCGACCGUGUAAACAGAAACCGGUGCCAGUACUGUCGGUUGCAAAAGUGCCUACGCCUCGGCAUGUCAAGAGAUGCCGUUAAAUUUGGGCGCAUGUCGAAGAAGCAACGGGAGAAGGUCGAGGAUGAGGUCAGAUUCCACAGGGCGCAAAUGAGGGCGGCCUCGGAGACGGCGCCGGAUAGCAGCGUGUUCGAGCAUCAGACGCCGAGCAGUUCGGAUCAACACCACCCCUACAAUGGCGGGUACACGUACGGCGGUAGCGAAUACACGUCGUCGGGACCCGGCACCGGCGGUUACACGAAUUACAAUCACCAGGCGAUGACGAAUUACGAGCUUAGUGCCGACUACGUCGACAGCACGACGACCUACGAUCCGAGACCGACGCAGACGCAGGUCGCGGACACCGUCGCGCCCGACACACCCUCGGCCGUCACCGCGACCGGGGUGCUUCCCAGCGUGGUCACCACCGGGAAGUCUCUGUCCGCUUCGACGACCGGAAGCGGCGCGGGGGGUGGCAGUACCGGCGGCAGCGGCGGCGGUGGAGGCGGUGGAGGCGGUGGCGGCGGCGGCGGCGGCGGUAGUGGUGGUGGUGGUGGUAACGGUGGUAGCGGUGCUGGAAGCGGUAGUGGUAAUGGUAGCAGCGGUGGCGGCGGUGGUAGUGGCGGUGGUUCUGCCGCAGCCGCUGGCGGGGCUGCUGGGGGUGGAAGCGGUAGUGGUGGCGGUGGUAGCGGCUCGCUGAGCGGCGGCGGAAUUGUCGCCGUGAAGCAGGAAACCACCGUCGAGCUCGCCGGCUUGGGACACGGUUCGUACACGAUGGUUGACUCGACGACCUUCCUGAGCGGCCAACAGCAGAGGGUCAGCAACCCAUCCGAAGACGACGAAGUGCCGAGUCUGCCGAAUCCGGCACAGAUCAGCGAGCUUCUUUCGAAAACGAUAGCGGACGCGCAUGCAAGGACGUGCCUGGUGUCGACGGAACAAAUCCAGGAGUCCUUCCGGAAGCCCACCGACAUCACCAGAAUGAUCUACUACAAGAACAUGGCGCACGAGCAGCUCUGGCUGGAAUGCGCUCAAAAGCUAACCACUGUCAUCCAGCAGAUCAUUGAGUUCGCCAAGAUGGUCCCAGGAUUCAUGAAGCUCUCGCAGGAUGACCAGAUUGUUUUAUUAAAGGCCGGUUCCUUCGAAUUGGCUGUGCUACGAAUGAGCAGGUACCUCGAUAUCCAGCAAAACUGUGUCCUAUACGGCGACACCCUGCUACCGCAGGAGGCGUUUUAUACGACGGAUACGGCGGAAAUGAAGCUUGUUUCCUGCGUAUUCGAGUUAGCCAGAAGCAUCGCCGAAAUGAAGCUCACCGAAACCGAGUUGGCGCUCUAUAGCGCGGCUGUUCUACUUACCCCUGAUCGACCCGGAUUGAAGUGCCUGAUGGAUAUCACUAGGCUGUCGCAGGCGGUGGUCAGGGCGUUGAGGUCGGAAAUCGAUCGGAACCACGUAACGCCAAUCAAGGGCGACGUGACCGUGUGUGACGCGAUCCUCGCGAAGAUACCGCAGCUACGGGAGAUCUCGCUGCUGCACAUGGACGCGCUGGCGAAGUUCAAACGGUCGCAGCCGCAUCUCGAGUUCCCGGCCCUCCACAAGGAGCUCUUCAGCGUCGAUAGCUGAACGAGCGACGCAGCGCGGAGCGUCGUCCCGGCGCUGCCGAGCGGACAGGAGCGCGAGUAGCGUCGCGGACCUUGGCUCGGUCAAGGUGAGUCCGACCGUCCCGGAAGAGAGAUAACCGACGAUCUCGCGGCCUGGGGGACCGGAAGUGGCGACGCUUCCUAGGAAGAAUCCGUGAGUCGGCUCGGAUGAGAACGAUCUCGAUGAUGAAGUGACGAGGUGACGCAUCACGAGUCGCGUCGGCGAAUCGAUCUUACGAUGAUCGUGCUGACACGGCCCGUCCUGUCGUGAAAGGAUCAGAAUCGUUGCCUGUGUCAACGGGAACGAUACGUACAACAGAGGCAACGCGCGCGAACACGACAGUCGUUCAUAUUACGUUAGCUUGUUCGAUCGCGGGUCUUUGGAUCGAAGAUUCGUGUUUUUAAGUGACGAGUACUUCUUAGACGGUUCAAGAGAGAGAGAGAGAGAGAGAGAGAGAGAAAGAGAGUGAUAGAAAGAGAGAGAGAGAGAAAUAAAUGGGUGCUCAGAGAGGCGAGGAACGAUGUCGGCUAAUGCUUAUCUGGAUUAUGAGAUUUAGGAUUCGGGCUCGUGGUCAGAUUCUGCAUUUGGCGCUAAAUGUGGUCCCACAAUAGCCGCGUCAUGAUUACGGUAAACGCGAUUCUCACGUUGGAUAAAGGUGAACGACCAUGUUUAGCACUAAGUAUGUAAAAUGAAUGCAAGCUAGAAUUUCUAAGAUCGCUGCAUUCGGGACGGUUUAAAACUGUUUGAUGUUGUUCUGUUCACACCAUGUAAAAUAACGCACGGAAAAGUGAUAACUUUGACAGUAAUAAAUUUAGUGCGCAAAAUAGAGGUAGAUUUCAGUAAUAUCGAGAUUGUCAGAAGUAUAAAACCAAUAUUGACAAUUAUUAAUUAUCGUUGAAACAUUCAGAAUAUGUGAGUGAAGUUAAAAGCGGCGUGUUCUAAGAGAGAUCCAGAUAAGGAUUAAAAACGUAGUUUUUUAUAUAGGUUGGUAAUUUAUACACAAGAAUACUUCAACCCACUUUCAACGUUCAGCGAUCUCGUAUUAAACUUGUUGUGUCUAGAAAAAUAUCGCUAUUUUGAAAUUUUCUUAUUAAUAUUCGAACUUUUAGUAUUCGUACUUUUAAUAAUCGGAAAAAGAACUGUGCUACAAUGCGAAAACGCGAAAUGGGACAUUUUAAUUUCGUUUAUAAUAUAUUAUAUUUCAUGUAUAACCGUGAAUAUUUUAAAACAUGUGGGACAUAAAAUAAAAGAAACGCAUUGUCAUUUUAUAGCAUAUUAAAUGGAGGUUACUUUAAUUUACUGAGAUUUAAUAAAACCUAAUUAAUAUAUAAAAAUAGCUGGAUGCCAGACAUCGCUUUUUACGAAAUCGCUUGUCCGAGUACCAAUGUAUUUAACGUUUGGGACUGUUACAUUACUGUUUGUACAUAUAUAUCUUUUUUAUUGUUUAAAGUGCAAGAAAGAAGAAAAGAGAAUGAAUUUUCGAGAAAAUAACGAUAGAGGAGCGAACUCCCAAUUGCCCGCGUGUACGAAUUUUUUAAUAAUAUUUUAAUUCGUGUGAUGAGGAUAUGAUAUAAUAUAUAGCAAACGACAUGUCAAUUUUAACCCUUUUACCGGUAAAUUAUAUUUGUUUAUCAUUUUGAAGGGAGUUAGAGCAUGUCAUCGGACAAACGUACCUUUUUACUUACGUUUUAUAAGAAUAAAAUUAUAUAUGUAUGUAAGAUUUAAUAAAAGUUAAUAAAAAGCAUAUACAUAUAUAUAUAUAUAUAUAUAUAUAAUCUCAUAGCUUAUAUUAGUUAUUAUAAUUGAAUGGUAACUCGAGCAAUUUUUGAUCGUCGCUGGCCGCGAAAACGCGCUGGAAAUCGCGAAUGAGGUGAACUCGACAUUACCGUCGGAAGGGUUAAAACUGGCAAGAGAUAGAAAAGAAUAAUUUGUAAAUAUGCUUAUACGGUUACCAACAAUUCUGAUACGAAAGCAGAUCGAUCCCAUAUUUCUCCUUCGGAAACGUCCUCGAAUCUCUGACCCAUUAAAAGAAUGAUAAAAAGCUUUCCACCUAAUAGACGUUUAUAGCUCGUGACUAUUACAAUAUCUCAACAUCGUUCCAAUUUCUUCUUAAAUCAUCUCCCUUCUGCAAAUGUUAGAUCCGAAAUAAUAUUGCCUGGACGUCCUGAACGAGAAAUCAAUGUGAUAACUGCGAGUGAAUACGACUGGAGAUUGAAUCAUAUUUCUAGUGGAAAUUCAACUUGUUUAUAGGAAAAUCGGUUUUUAUCACUGUUUUAUUAAUCUCUCCUGGACACUAAACAGAAAUAAGUUAUCAUUGCGACGCUCUUUCUGGAACAUGAUUUCUUACUUUGAUUUUGAUUCAUCCUUCAAUUUCAUUCACUCGUAUUUAUCCUAAAUCAGAUGGCUCAAAUUUCGAACGGUUAGCCUACCGGAUAGCAUGUGCGGUUUAUAUUUGGGUCUUUAUAUAUCGUGCGUACUGUAUAACACUCUAACUUAUUUCUCCUCGUUGUUAAAUAUUAGAUUUUGCUUUAAUUUUAAUCGUUAUGUUAAAUCUUGUAUACGUCCACGUGUACUUUAAGAUGCUUCUCGCUCGUAGAAUAAUAAAAAGCAUUAUGAUUAACGUACUUGAAUCUGAAAACUGUACUAAAAAUAAUUUGCAAGAAUGCGUGAAAUUGUAAGAUGUAUGCGGGAUAAAUUUGCUUUUAAUGUGACGUGAAUGGAAAUUUCAUUCUUGCUAAUUGGACUUUAAGCUGCAGAAUGUUCCAAAGAAAUGUAUAUCGAUGGCAGGAGUUUUUAAAAUCUUUUUUAUUUAAAUGUUCAUGAGAAAGAAUUUACAUUUGCGCGAAUUGUUAAUUAUAGAAUUUAAUUAAACUAGUUUCAAAUUUACUUUGGUUUGGAUUACUCUUCGUUUUUGCAAUGUUUUAAUAAGUAACAUUAGCUUAUUUCGUACUUAAUCUGCAACAUAUAUCUUUUAUAAUAAUAAAAAUUUAAUUAACAAAAAUAUUUAUUUAAGAUUUUUCAAACAAUUCUGGCGAUACCUUUUUGGGACAUUCCGUGCUUCUCGUGCGUCUUAGCAAUGCAUAAUAAAAUUAUAUUAUACACUAAUUCGCUGUAGUAAUUAUAUUGUACGUGACGAUAUUGCGCCGUGCAAAUUAACGUGUCAUUCUUGGAGAUCGAAACUCGGCCUUUAAAAUUCAAAUCAAAUGUCCGGUAGGCUCUCAAGUAUACGUCACAAUGGACUGUCUUAGAUAAAGUAUCGAGUGACGCCUCUCUCGAGAGAAAAAAACGACUGGUUGCCUAUUUUCAAUCGGAUGAUUCUUCCUAGGAAACGUCAGCAUAAGCACGCUUAAGGUAAAUCUAGGAAAGUAGAAAAAGUAAUACGGUAGAAUCACGCGAAGAAGAACACUCGUCGAGCUGAUUUGAACGCUGGUACAUGGUUGCAGCAAUCGUUAACAAAACAUUUUGCAGAUUUAUGUAAGAAGUUUGUACUUUAAUUUCCUGACUUGACAAUUUUUUUGAAAUGCUUAGAGCGCACGAGUAUUUAAUUGUUUAAUAAUAUAAUAAAACGGACUUAUAGAAAUUUUCUUGUAUAAUUUUAUGAUUUGUAGAGAAACAAAUACUAUACUAUUUUUUUUAUUUAAAAAGAUACGUGUCUUCGCAAGCCUAAUUUUUGCACCAUUAUAGAAAUAUUUAGAACAAAUAAAUAUUCAACUCUUGAGGUCAGUUAUUUUAUUUUCUUUCGUUUAUAAAAAUAUGUAAUAAAUAGUUUGUUAAUAAGUAAUUUCUGAAAUAAUAAGUCUGUCACAAAUAAUAUUACUACUUUAAUUUAAUUUUAAUUUCUUUAUUUUCUAUUAUUACUUUCCUGCGAUAUUUCUUUGAGCAAGAUAUAAUGGAAAGUUCAAGUUGCAAGAGCGACUCAAGUUAAUUCAAUGUUUGAUGACGCAUAGAUCAUUUACUAGCGUUCAGCGUUCAAAUCGCGAUCAUCUCUGUGAAUCUUUUACGACGAUGACGACGACGACGACGACGAAGACGACAAUGAUGAUAAUGAUAACGAUAACUCUGACAAUGACAACGUUGGGAAGCAGGGAGAGGUGAAAGAAACGGAUAACUUGUCGACUGAAUAAUUCUAUACUCACGGUGCUUACGACAGGGAGCAAACCAGGUACAAGCGUUGUUUAACCGUAUAUUCGUCUCCUUUCUGUUGCAGAUUAUUUCCUUCGUAAUGAACGUAUUGGGCCUUAAAUAAACAUAACAUUGUUAUAUAUAAAGUAUACAUAAAAGAAGCAACAUAAAGUAUAUACAGAAGAAAUAUAUAUAUAAAUAUAAAUAUAAAUAUAUACAUAUAGUGUGGAUGCGUAUGUGUAUACGCGCGCGCGCGCGACACGUCUCACCGACGCAAAGGUGUAUACACAUACGCGUGUCGUUAUAAGAUUAUAAUUACAUAGACGGAGAAAUCGCGAAUGUGUGCGUGUGCGAGACGAGCGAGCGAGCGCGCGACAAGAACAAGAGUAAAUGAGUGUGAGAGCGAGAUGCGAGACAAAAGAGCGAGAGUACGUACGAGUGCGGAUCAUUGAGAAAGAGAGCGAGAGAGAAAGAGAGAUAUCGGUUGUUACGAUACAUACGAUAAAAGUAUAUAUUGUAUUAACUAAAAAAAAAAGAUAAUAGUGGAGGGAGGAGAAGUGGGGGAGAGAGGAGGACGGUGAUUAACCGGGUCCUGCCAGGACGGUCCGAGACGACGACGCGCGAAUAUAGCAUAAUAUUACUACACCGAGGACUGGCGUUCUCCCUUUACGGGAGGAGAAUCUCGAUCGGACCGCCCGUGCGAUGUAGAGACCGAAUAAUUAUCGCACCAUCGAACACACGAGAGUACGGGCGAACCCAGCGAAAUAGCGAUCGACGAAGGGUAGAGCUUAUUGCGGGCGAGGAACCGUGCUACCGCGUCGGAGAUUAGACGUAAUUAAGCGCGAUGAUGGCGGUGUGAUGGGGGAUGCCCUGAUCACACUCUCUUCUUCUACGGGGUUUACCAAUUUUCUCUAAUUUCCUCGGACCUCCGUUUGGACGUUUUUCUUUUUAAAUUCCAUCUUCGUUACAUUGUUUCGCUUUGUUUUGUCGAUCAUCAAUUGCGCGGGGAGGAAGGGGGAGUAGACUAUAUUGUGCCGUAAAGGGAACGUGAUAUAAUCAAGAUUGAGUGAUGAAGAAACGUUUCGUAGUAACUAGAGCGCGGGCUCAUUUAAUUUUAAGGGGUUUAAUAAAGACUGCUAGAAUCGUAGAGUAACGAGCGGGGAACAUUUCGAGCAAAGAGAGAAAGAUAGAGAGUCCGGAGACAAAUUAAAGAGGUAUGAGUCAUGAAAGAAUAACAAGAGUCGAUAAUAAAGUGCAAGGAAGCUUCGAGGGCUGAUGAGGGCACGCCUAUCGAUCGUCAUUAUUGUAAUCAGCUUGCACGAGCUGCGAGGCGAUCGGAACUUCUGCGUUCUCCGUUCGUAUAGCCGGUAAAGGACGCAUUUGUUCGCUAAAUAUUCGAGCGCGAGAUAUUGAAUGAGUUUCAAGGCGAAAACGUACGUACGAUUAAAGAAGCAAGUACAUGAUAGAGCACCGUCUUCUAUUUAGGGAUGCAACAGCUGCUUCGUCUAGAUGCCCUUCCAAUCACGGCGCUGCCAAUCACGCGUUAUCAUCAUUACUCACUCGAGGCGGAAAAUUUCUUUCGGCUUAGCAAGAACAUUCGGCGAAUAAACGCAUCCUUUUACUCACAAUUAGCUUAAGUGCAAAAUAUCGGCAGCGGUCACGCGUUCUGCCGCCGCCGCGACUUCGAGUAGUGAUUCGAGUAUAGUUCUGAGCUACUUUAGCAUAAAUAUAUAAAUAAAUAAAUAAAUAAUUAAAUAAAUAAAUAUAUAAAUAUAUAAAUAUAUAAAUAAAUAUAUAUAUACAUACACUAUAUAUAUGAGAAUAUAUUUUCGGCGGAACGAUCGAGAUUCGACGGUCCUCGCGAUUAGCGAAAAUGAUGAGCGUUAUAGAUUAGAAAGAAAUUUCGUCCCUGCGCACCAGCCUGGCCGGAUUUCACGGAUAACGGAACACCUAACACGAAUUCAUGUAUACAUACGUACAUACAUUUAUACGUACACACACAUACAUACAUACAUACAUACGUCCAUGCAAUACAGUACAUAAACGCGCAGAGAUAUAAACCGGCAAAGAGAAGAAACGGAGUGAACGAGAGUAAGAAAGGGAGAAUGAACGUGAGAGCGAGAGAGAAGUGUUAUAUGAGUCGAUACGCGCGGAUGCGACUUUCACGGAUGCAGGCGUAGAUAGAGCUAAAUCGAUCGCAUUAUGCGCGCGCAUUAAAAACGUUUUUGGUACUGUACGGCACUUGUAUGACGCGUCUCUUUAUACGUAAAUGAAAAACCCGUACUUCUUAUGGUUAUAAAGAAAAAAAAGAAAAAGAGAAAAAACACAUGCAAUAGCCCGUCGUCGCGCGCUGGGACACCCCCGCGAAGCGUUUACAUUACGCACCGUCACCGGCUUUCCUCGCUGUCGUCGAUCGUUGAUCGAGGGAUCAAGACGGAGAUCGAGAAGAGUUGAAUAAACGGCUCGCCGUUGCUCGUCGACACUUUCGCGACCGUUCUCAAAUGCAAAAUCAGGUCAUUGCGUGCCGGGCCGGAUUGAAAAAGUAUUCGUACGCCUUCGUGUCGCUGCUAAGGAUAAAAUUACGAUGUUAAGAGGCAGACUGGAAUGAAAGAACGAAAGUAUUCCUACAGCAUCAUCCUGUUGCUAUAAAUAACACUACGUUGUUAAGCUGUAACGCUAAAAGGUACUUGUACGUCACACGUUUGCUUUUAUUACAUUAUUUAACUUGUUACGACGCGAUAUUUAAACUGUUUAGGAAUCUUAAAAAUAUAUAGCUCGUAAUAUUGAUUUAAAGAAUACGUGAGAUACAUACAUACAUACAUGUAGGACCGCAUUCUCAUUUAAAAGUUACUUAUAGCGAUGACGUGCGAAUACUGUUUGUCUCAUUGUAUAGUGAAUUUGUUUAAGGCGAAUUAUUGAGUAUAUUGCAGCUAAUUAUGUGAACCCUAAACGGUAUACAUAUAUAAGCGGGGUCUGACAGACCGUUUUUCAUUGCAACUCGUUAAAGAAAUUUUAUAGCGCUAUUAUUAUUUGUUUGUAUUUAUAAAGUUUAAUAUAAAUGAAUAAAAUCUAAUUUCCACAUGUAGAAGUCGGAUAUAUUUUAUUUUUAUAUAACUAUUUAUUAUUGCAUAAUCUAUGCAGCGUCCGUCGGCCCCCUUUGUAUUAUUACGUAAGUAAAGUAAAAUUAUGCUGUUUAGGGUGCAACAAUCUUCAACAAAUAUCAUAUAUUUAACCCAUUAUAAUUGUAAAACAUGAGUUUAUAAUUGUACAUAAUAUUACAAUUGUAAUAAUGAGAUAAUGAUUUUGUUCGUUAUCUUUAGAAAUUCCAAUUUAUUUUUCAUGAAUAUUUAAUUGUCGAUUUAUAUUUCUUUUAAUAGCAAUUUAUUAAAAUAAUUAUACUCUCUGUAUAUUUAUAUACAUAUUUAAUGUAAUAUGAUUUUAUGUAAAAUCAUGCAACAAUGUUAUUUUUAAUGGGUUAAAUAUAUCAAUAUCAAAGUUGCGUAAAUCUGCAGCUUAAAUAUCUAGCGGUCGCGAAAGUGUUAACGAUAUUGUUGUAAAUUCUUUAUAUAUUGAUUUAUAUUGUAUAUUUAUUUAUCUCUAUUUUUCCGAUUUUCGAUAUUGAAUACCAAGAUUAUUAAUUCCAUAUACUGAAACAACGAUUAAACAAUGGUAAUUCGCAUUUUUCAAAUAUAUGAUGUCUUACAUGUCAACUAAUGGCAUAAUAAUAACUUACAACAUAUUAGUUUAUCAAAGUUAAAAAAUUAGAUUGUUAAUUUUAAAAGUAAGAUCUAAUUUUGGUGCAAGCAUCUUUGAUCUUCCAAGUAUUUCAAGUUUUUUUUUUAUUUUUAUCACAUUUUUCAUGUUUUGCAUUAUUGAUAUUAAUUAUGAGAAAGUUUUCCAAACUUCGAAUCUUUAAAUUGCAAGAUCAUUAUAGAAAGUAGAAAGCCAGCGAAUGUUAAUUUAAAGCUCAACUGGUUGAAAUAUUAUGAAUAAUUAUGAUUACAUUCGCGAAGUGAAAUUACCGUAAAACUUUCACAAUUGUUAUUUUAUUGUUGAUUUCAAAACAUUUUACUUAUUAUGGAAAGCGCAACGUUAUUUCCAAAUAGUUUUAGAAUAAGAUGAAAUUAUAAUUCUAAUUACGAUAUAAUAUCGCAAUUAGACGCGCGGAAAAUAACUCUCGGAUGCAUAUAUGCGAAAUCUCAACUUUAUACUAGUUAUAAACGUUUCUAUAGACUCUGAUUUAUAGCCAAAAAUUGCAUUCAGUAGAUAUUGUAUUCACCUAUUACAUUAUUUUUCAAAUAAGCCUUUGAUAUUAAUUGAAAAUACUUUAUACGAGACAGUGAGAAGUUCUCAAUUUUUUGUGAAAAGUGAAACUAUCUAGCAUCACAAAAUGGCAGCUUUAAUAUUAUUUCAUUAGUUCUAAAUACCAACUCCGUCUAUCUACAGUACUGUCAUAAUAUUUCCUCCGGCAAAUAAAAAACGCGGAACGUUCUCUUUUGAGAUUCUCUUUUGAGUAAAAUUAAUUAUAUAAUAUCUUAAAUAUAAUAUACGACAUUAACGUUAACACGAUUGAUAUUAAAUCAAGUCUGACUUUUAGCAAUAAUUUACAUCUUAUAUUGUCUCUCUUGAAAAGCAGGAUAAUUUUGAUACACGUGCAGCGGAAAGCUAUCAUCACAAAUACUCUUACAUUAAUCUCCCUGUCAUCAAGGCAAAAUUAAUUUGCAGAUAAUAUUUUUUUCAUUAUUUCCAAUGAGAUUAGAAUGAGCUCACGCUUGGCAUAGUGUUUCUUCUAAGUUACAUAGAAAAAGGAUUAUCUAAUAUGCAUCCGAGAGCGCUGGGUCGGAGCGAUCGAAGAUGGAUCGACAAGAGCGAUGGCGAAUCAGUUACGGUGCGCCGACUGACACGCUUUCGGACGGUCGCAUAUACUUAUAGCGAAAAAUUAAGAGAAUGCAUAUUAUUCUGCCGAUUAACGAGUAAGUGCGUAGGAUUCGUUUAAUUGUAGAUCGAACACGUACACAGCCACGUUACGCGCGAGUGCAAAAUGCAUACCAUCUACGACCCUUCUUCGCUCACAUCUCUAUCCCCUUUACUCAAGAGUAACAUACACAUACGCACACGGAUACAUACACGUUAUACAUACGUACAUGUACAUCCACAGCGGCACACACAUAUACACAUAUACACCGACACGCACACGAAAUUACACACCCAUACACGCGUACAAUAAGGCGCAACACGUACACGCGCACGCACGUUGCAAUUAGACGUUAUUAUCGCAAUUUGGAGUUAAAUUUUAUAAUAUAUAAUAUAUAAAAAAUAUAUAUAAUAAAUAAAAGUUGACGGAUAAUAUAGAGUUAUAUUAAAUAUCUAAACGAAGGUGCUCGUGUGUUUCUCGUAUGUGAAUAUAUUGUUCCUUUCGUUGCGCAAUCACAAUCAAGAUUUUCCUUCUUGCAAUCAUCCCGAAAAUAACUUAAAUAAAUUGAUUCCCUCAUUUUUACUAUAUUAUAGCGUAAUAUAGUAAUAAACUAUUUUACUCAUGUACAUCUUAAUAAACAUAAUUCACCGUU